AUGGAGAUAGAGGACAGGACGAAUGGGUUCGAUUACCCAGAGAGAAACAAUACGAAGUCCGUUAACGGCUUCUAUGGUGAACAUCCCUUGGAAGUUGAACAGAAUGAUGUCAUAGAUGAAAUGAAUGGCAGUAAUCUUGAUGAUGCAGCUGACCCACGUGUUUGCCUCAUCUGUGGAGACCGCGCCACAGGCCUGCACUAUGGCAUCAUCUCCUGCGAGGGCUGCAAGGGCUUCUUCAAGCGCAGCAUCUGCAACAAGCGCGUGUACCGAUGCAGCCGAGACAAAAACUGUGAAAUGUCGCGCAAGCAACGCAACCGCUGCCAAUACUGCCGUCUGCUCAAGUGUCUACAGAUGGGAAUGAACCGCAAAGCAAUCAGGGAAGAUGGGAUGCCAGGAGGGAGAAACAAAAGUAUCGGGCCUGUCCAGAUCACAGAUGAAGAGAUUGAGCGGAUCAUGUCGGGACAGGAGUUCAAGGAGGAAGCCAGUCUGCCGGAGCACACCUGGAGCAACAACGGUGACAGUAGUGACCACAGUUCUCCUAGCAACGGCGCCUCCGAGGGCAACCAGCCAUCACCUGCUUCCACUCUAUCAUCCAAUCGUUCUUUAGAGAUGGGUGGUGGCUACACGGCUGCUGUCAGGGACCAGUACAUCAAUGCCCCCAUGAACACCCCCUACCAGCUGCUACCUCACCUCUUUAGCUACGCUGCCCAGUCAGGCCUGCUGGCCCCCCAGCCCCGCAGCCUCUACCCCCAGUCACACCCCCUGGUGAUGCAGCUUGUGGCUGCAGAGGACCUGACUCCACUGGCCACCCCCAUGCUGAUAGAGGACGGGUACAAGGUGACUCAGGUGGAGUUGUUUGCGCUGCUGUGUCGUCUGGCCGACGAGCUGCUGUUUCGUCAGAUCUCGUGGAUCAAGAAGCUGCCGUUCUUCUGUGAGCUGUCUAUUGAGGACUACACCUGUUUACUCAGCUCCACCUGGCAGGAGCUGAUCCUGCUGUCCUGCCUCACCAUCUACAGUGCACAGAUCUUUGGAGACCUGGCCGACGUCACCGCCAAGUACACUCCCUCUGAUGAGGAGCUGCAGGGGUUCAGUGAGGAUAGCAUGGAGUUGAUGGAGAGGCUGAUCUAUCUGUUCCGCAAGUUCCACCAGUUGAAGGUCAGCAACGAGGAGUACGCCUGCAUGAAAGCCAUCAACUUCUUGAACCAAGAUAUCCGCGGUCUGACUAACGUCUCCCAGUUGGAGCAACUGAACAAGCGCUACUGGUACGUGUGUCAGGACUACACUGAGUACAAGUACCCUCACCAGCCGAAACGCUUCCCUGAGAUCAUGAUGUGUCUGCCAGAGAUCCGUUUCAUGGCAGGGAAGCUGGUGAACGUUCCUCUGGAACAGCUCCCCCUCUUGUUUAAAGCAGUUUUGCACUCCUGCAAAUCCAGCUUCAUCAGCAACAGGACAGGAAGUUCUCCCUGUAUGACUACUACUGGUACCUCCCCCGGGAACUGAGCCCCGUACCCUGGCCCCAGGACCGCCCUUUGACAAGAAUCUUACCUGGGGGGUGGGGCCAGGGACUGGUCCCCCUUCCUGUGAAUGUGACAAGCAAUUUUUGUUCUCUAUAUAUUUAUUACACGACAGAGCUGAAUGUAUGCUGAUUUACGCUGUGCACAUGCUUCUGUACAAACUAAAUGCACAUAGAUGCAUUGGUCUUUGGAGUUUACAAAUAUGUAUCCGAUUGCUCAACGUGUCGGUGUUGUCAUUGUUAGAACUAGAUUUGUAAGAUUUAUUUGAUUGGGAAUGGGGACGGGUAUAAAUGAGUUGACAGGUGUUUUGAGACUACCUCAGGAAGAUGAUGUUGCUAUUUUCAGGUACCUUUUUCUCGCUGUUUUGAAAUGAAGAGGUUGUCCGGUCUAAAUCAAAUCCCUGUAAAUGCUGUAAACUCCUGAAUCAUAGAUGAUAAGUCGGCCUUUACCAUGACAUUGACCAAAGGCAUUGCUGCAUAUUCAUUUGAACCAAAGAUAGAAAAGCAUUCAACCCUGCAAUCAACAAAUGAAUUUCCUGAAUUUCCCACUAGUUCUGGUGUAUUUUCUCACUUCUUGUAGUAUUUUUGUACACUCUUUCAUACAAUCCACAAACAGACAUCCUGUAGGGAUGGCCUGGUCAAUGUAACAUUCCUUGUCUUUCAGUGAGGUGAAAUUUUGUUGCAUUGUGGGAUCUUCAUAGAAAACAAGCAUAGGGGUAUUUUCUACAAUCAUAGACUGCAGAGCAAAUGUAGUUGCGAAGUUGCAGGGGUAGGGGAAAUGUGUUAGUAGCUUGAAUGAGAAGUUCUUUUGACCAAAGUGAUAUGCAAAGAUUUUUAAGCAGCACCCAUAGAUUAGUGAUUAGUCGAUAGCUCAGUGUAAUGAUUUCUUAUCAAUGAAGGACCAGAUUAAGAAAUGAAUCAAUCUGUUUAAGAGCCAGAGGGGAGACUCUCAGACAGACAGUGUAGCUCGUUCUUAUCUUAUCCCCUAGGCUGAGACACCACAAACAACGUCUCCACUCUCUUCUCUCCUAGUCCCUGUUGCACCCAUCUAUUCCUUCAAACAUACAACCCAUCUUGGCUUUCAACCCUCCACUGGUACUCCCUUGCCCAAACCUGAGCCUCUGCACAUGCUCACUGGGUUGGUGGUCCGAUCUGCACAGUUAGGCUACAAGGAAAUGCUGUCUUGUUCAUUUGUACUACUACAUUUGUAGACAGUGUUGGGUUUAGAAUGCUCAGGUGACUGUAUUUUGACUGCAACAGAGGAGAGAUGGAGGAGACAUUAGGGGCAUGUCUAUUAAUCUGGUCUGGGUUGACAGACUAGAGGUUACUUCUGGCUUGCACACAUUGUUUAAAAAAGCUAUAUAAAGAAAUAGGUUCUUUAUUUAUGAAGUAUGAGAUGAUCAUUUCAACCAGCCGUUAGCUGUUUCAUAACAACCAUUGUUUAAAAUUUGGAGCAAUGCAGUCCUUGCAAUGACUCUUUUAUGCAUGCUGUGGUGAGGCAGGAGACAUUCCUUGACCAUUACCAUGGCAAAGUGCCCACCCCGCAUUCUCCUCUCUCUCAGGUCCUAGUGGACCGGUAUUUAAACAGGGUAAAGUGAGUGUUAUGUAUUGCAUUCAUGAGUUACUCAGUGAUCACUAUGCUGAUGUACUUGUAGGAUUCUUAAUUGUAGAAUUCUGGACAUUGUAGGUCCUUUUAGAAAGUGUUUAAUGUUUCAUUUUUUUCUGUUUUAUGAAAGUGGCUGUUGUUUAAGGGCAUGUUUUAAGACUUUAACUGUUGCUCCCAGUUCAGUGUUUAGCUUAUUUGUCAGAAGAUGGUCGGAGACAGGACUUAACAUCAGCAAGGUCAGAGGUCCCUUUUCCACUCUGAGCAUAACCAAGCUAACCUCAAUCAACAGGUGGGCUUACGAUUGCUGCCUCUAUCACUGGGUCUAGACUAGUCUGUCUAUAUCUUCUUAGCCUUAACACUGUACUACACUGUACCAUCUAAUGUCCUGAACCACACUUUGAAUACUUUCACCAAUGCAGUGUUCUUUGUUUCAGUAGUUUCAAUUAGCCACCUUUCCAUGUUUUGUUGUGAUACAUUUCAUGUAUUUUGUUUUUUGGAGUGAAAAAAAGACCCCUAUCAUUUGUUUUAUUUUUAAUUAUUUCUGAUGGAUGUUGGAUGUGAUUCUAUCAACUUGAUGCCACAGUUCCAAAGGAAAUAAUGUUCAUGGUAUUGAUAUUACAAUUCUAAAGUGUUUACGAAUUGAUAACUUUUACUAUUACCAAAAACACUGAUUUGAUGAAUAGAAUGAUAUAUGCAGAGAGUGAAUUAACCAAUGGCAGGCCCCUGUGAAACUGGUAAAUAUACAGUGCAUUCGGAAAGUAUUCAGACAUCUUGACUUUUUCAAAAUGUUGUUACUUUACAGCCUUAUUCUAAAAUGGAUGUUUUACU